CCCCUCCCCCCCCUGCGAUCACUGUCCAUUGGCUUGUCCUGCUCUCUUUUUCAUGUCCAGCCCCUGAUGAGUGUCCAUUGGUGUUGCCUUCGCCUUCCCUCCUCCCCUCUCCCCGGCUUGCCCUGCCCAUGUUUUGUAUGUCUCUGUCCAUCCAGGCUCCUGACGUUCAAGUUCGCAGGGACGUCACGUCCGCACUUGAACUUGCAGCUCAGGGGGGCUUUUGCCAUUUUUUUCAUCUCUCUCUCUCCUUCUCUCUCUCCCUCUCUCUCUCUCUCCCUCUCCCUCUCUCUCUUUUUUUUUCCUUGCACAAAAAAAAAAAAAAAAGCCAUGACUGCUAUCCCACAAUUCAUCUUCCCUGCGCCAUCUUUGUAUUAUUUCUAAUUUAUUUUGGAUGUCAAAAGACAUUGAUGAAGAUAUUUUCUCUGGAGUCUCCUUCCUCUCUAACCCGUCUCUCCCGAUGUGAACCGAGCGACUCACAAGCCACCGAAGCCACCAACCCACCAUGUCGCGCCGCAAGCAAGGCAAACCCCAGCACUUAAGCAAACGGGAAUUUUCACCCGAACCUCUUGAAGCCAUUCUCACUGAUGAUGAACCUGAACAUGGCACAUUGGGAGCUCCAGAAGGGGACCACGACCUCCUCACUUGUGGCCAGUGUCAGAUGAACUUUCCGUUGGGGGACAUUCUUAUUUUUAUUGAGCACAAACGGAAACAAUGCAAUGGCAGUCUCUGCCUAGAGAAGGCUGUGGAUAAGCCACCUUCACCCUCACCAAGUGAGCUGAAAAAAGCAUCCAAUCCUGUGGAGGUUGGCAUCCAGGUUACGCCAGAGGAUGACGAUUGUUUAUCAACGUCAUCUAGAGGAAUUUGCCCUAAACAGGAACAUAUAGCAGGUAAAGAUGAGCCCAGCAGCUACACGUGUACGACUUGUAAACAGCCUUUCAACAGCGCCUGGUUCCUCUUGCAGCACGCACAGAACACGCACGGCUUACGGAUCUACCUAGAAAGCGAGCACGGCAGCCCCCUGACGCCACGGGUUGGUAUCCCAACAGGACUAGGUGCAGAGUGCCCUUCCCAGCCACCUCUCCAUGGGAUUCACAUUGCAGACAAUAACCCUUUUAACCUGCUCAGAAUACCCGGCUCGGUCUCGAGGGAGGCGUCGGGGCUGGGAGAAGGGCGUUUCCCACCCACGCCGCCCCUCUUUAGCCCUCCCCCGAGGCACCAUUUGGAUCCGCAUCGCAUUGAGCGCCUGGGUGCGGAAGAAAUGGCUCUGGCCACCCAUCACCCUAGUGCCUUUGACAGGGUGCUGCGACUGAACCCCAUGGCGAUGGAGCCCCCCGCUAUGGAUUUCUCCCGGAGGCUGCGGGAGCUGGCCGGCAACACCUCCAGCCCACCCUUGUCCCCGAGCCGGCCCAGCCCUAUGCAAAGGUUGCUGCAGCCCUUCCAGCCCGGCAGCAAGCCCCCGUUCCUGGCCACGCCGCCCCUUCCUCCUCUGCAGUCCGCUCCUCCUCCCUCCCAGCCCCCCAUGAAGUCCAAGUCUUGCGAGUUCUGCGGGAAGACCUUCAAGUUUCAGAGCAACCUGGUGGUCCACCGCCGGAGCCACACGGGAGAGAAGCCCUAUAAGUGCAACCUCUGCGACCAUGCCUGCACGCAGGCCAGCAAGCUGAAGCGCCACAUGAAGACCCACAUGCACAAGUCCUCCCCCAUGACUGUGAAGUCGGACGACGGGCUCUCCACCGCCAGCUCCCCUGAGCCGGGCACCAGCGACCUGGUGGGCAGUGCCAGCAGUGCCCUCAAAUCCGUGGUGGCCAAGUUCAAGAGCGAGAAYGACCCCAACAUGAUCCCUGAGAAYGGGGAUGAGGAAGAGGAGGAGGAGGAGGAGGAAGAAGAAGAGGAGGAGGAGGAAGAGGAGGAGGACUUGAACGAGACCGACAGGCCGGACUACAGCUUCGGGAUGAGCCUGGAGGCGGCCCGUCACCACGAGAACAACUCGCGGGCUGGCGAGGAGGGCCGGUCRAUGCCGGACGUCAUGCAGGGCAUGGUCUUGAGCUCCAUGCAGCACUUCAGCGAGGCCUUCCACCAGGUCCUGGGGGAGAAACACAAGCGGGGCCACCUCCCCGAGCCCGAGGUGCACAGGGACAAUUGCGACGAAGACUCGGUGGCCGGCGAGUCCGACCGCAUCGACGAGGGGGCCAUCAAUGGCCGGGGCUGCUCCCCGGGGGAGUCCGCCUCGGGAGGCCUGUCCAAAAAGCUGCUGCUGGGUAGCCCCAGCUCCCUGAGCCCCUUCUCCAAACGCAUCAAGCUGGAGAAGGAGUUCGACCUGCCGGCUGCCGCCAUGCCCAACACCGAGAACGUUUACUCCCAGUGGCUGGCAGGCUACGCCGCCUCCCGGCAGCUGAAGGACCCCUUCCUCAGCUUCGGCGACUCCCGACAAUCGCCCUUCGCCUCCUCCUCCGAGCACUCCUCGGAGAACGGCAGCCUGCGCUUCUCCACGCCGCCGGGCGAACUGGACGGAGGGAUCUCAGGCCGCAGCGGCACGGGAAGCGGAGGGAGCACCCCCCAUAUUAGUGGCCCGGGCCCUGGCAGGCCCAGCUCAAAAGAGGGCAGACGCAGCGACACUUGUGAGUACUGUGGGAAGGUCUUCAAGAACUGUAGUAAUCUCACCGUCCACAGACGGAGCCACACGGGCGAGAGGCCGUAUAAGUGUGAGCUUUGCAACUACGCCUGCGCCCAGAGUAGCAAGCUCACCCGGCACAUGAAAACACACGGGCAGGUUCGGCGUACCCCCCCAGCUGGCGUGGCGCCCAGGGAGCCCCGGAUGUCUGGCAGUUUUCGGAUGGAAGUUCAAGAGCACUUAAAUUCUGAAAGGAGGUGAAGCUGGGGCGAGCGGCCGGCGGCAUCUCGGCGUCCGGAGGUGGCCUCUGUCCUGCGGGCUUGCCGCAUCCCUGGGAGAGCCUGAGGAGUCACCCGCCGAAGGCAGCGCUCCCCGGGCUCCUCCUGCCUGCAAGACUAUCGUAUUUAUAUUUUGUAAUAGAGUACAACACUUUGGGGUUGGUUUUUCGGUUUUUUGGGGUUUUUUUUUGUUCAUUUGUUUCUUUUUUCAUUUUCUAAAAACAAACAAACAAAUGAAAAAAAGCAAACCCACCCACCAAGGUCAAGGGCUUAAUGAUGGCYUCGACUGGCUCCUUUCCCCAUGGAAAAGACUGUCUUGCUCUUGUGGACAACCCGGCCUGUUGGUUAUCCCUGCAACGUGCCAUUCCUCGGGAGGCACAUCUGAUGUGAUGAAUUAAAAAUAAAGCAAAACACAGUGUAGGUCUGUGGGUGGGUGGGAAAUYGCCAUAAUAAAUGUUGGAGCUUUAGGUUUUGUUUGCUCUGUCUUUAAUUUUUAAUGCUAACAAGGGCCAGACGGCUGGUGUGACUUUGUGUUCCCRUACUGGCUGCAGAAAAGCAAGUGCUGAGUUUUCACUGGGGACGGUGUUGGCACCMGGGGCAGCAUGGCCCCGGCAGACAGACCUUUCCUCGGAGCUAGGCCAGGAGUUGGAGCAAUGCUGAGCCCCUCUGGCCCUUGGCGAUGCUGAAAGGGGGGGUCUCUCAGUUCUCCUCCAUCGCCCGCCCCUCCUUGAUGAAUGCCAGCUGUGGUGUUGCAUUUCUGCUGUUCAACUGCGUUCUUUUGGGGCUGGUGGGAUCUGUGAUGUCCGCCCGUGUCCGUGUGAGCCGAAGUGAGGGCAGCGCAGGUUUCAGGAGGAGUGGCAGCUGUGCUGUGGAGAUGCUGUCAGAGCAGGGGAUCAGAGCCCUGCCCUCAGCUGGGGGAGCUGCUGUCAGUUGUUGUCCCGGUGAUUCCCAGACUUGGCACAAGGGGCACGAGCUUUCCCUCUUGCCAGCAGCGCUCUAUCCCUUGCUCGGCACUGAACCCCCACCCCAGGAGUCCCUGCUUUGGGGCCCAGGCGCUUUGCUGAACUGAAGAUGGGUUAUGUGUGAGCUUUGUGCUGUCUCUGAUGGGAUUUAUAGGCUGUAGCUGCUCAUGGCUUGUGCUGACGAGUGGRAAUGGACCUUAUUUGGUGAAAGAAGCCGGCUGGGUAGUGAGUGGAGUGGCUGGCUGGCCAUGUCAGGAUCAGCGGGAUGGAGUCGAGCUGGGGGGACAGGGCCGGUGGAUUUAUUUGCUUCGUGUAUUAACUUCAAUCUCGCUUCUGUUUUAUUCAUGUCCUUCCUUACAAUCUGAGCAAGACCCUCACUUGAGGCGACCCUCUCCUGGUGAAACAGCUGUAGGGAAAAUGAUGUUGCCUUUUCCACGGGUGGUGGAUGUUCUCCUGUUUUUUAAAACCCUGGGCUGUGCUUCUCGUGGUGGCCUGGGCACAGCACAAGCAUGGACACUUUGGUACCUUAAAAUUUGGCUGGGGUGGGCAGCAGGAACAUCUCCGAGGGGUGCCACAGGGUGCACAGGGACACGAAGGGAGCUGUUGCUGCUGCUCCUGAGGUGAUUUGGUCUUCAAGGGAAAACUACCCAAAAGUCUACGCACAGCUUCAGCUUUUUUUUUAUCCUUAGGGGAUGUUUUUAAAGGUUCUUCCUAACCCAGCCUGUGCUGCCACCUCUGUGUCUGCUCCUAAGGGUGUUUUGAGCCUUGGAAGGGUGAAUCCUGUUGGAUUAAGCAYCCAUUGAUUGUGAGGGCACCAGUGGUGGGGAGUUAGCAGCUCCACGUGCUGCUGGAACACCCACUCCUGCCCUGGGGAUCUGCUCCAAGCAGCUGUGUCAGAUCAGGGCUAUUGGGGUUAUUUAUUGCAAAGGGGGUUGCUUUGCCUCUCCUCCAGAUCACAAAUCAGGAUUCACCUGGUCUGUAUCUACAGCAGGCCUGGCCCAGGGCACCUGGGAAGCUGCUUCAUAAGGAKUUUCAGUGAGCUGGCUCCUUUCUGGGAGUGUCUCACCCUUUGUAUGAGGACAGGCCAGGCCCAGUUCAUGGCUGUCAUCUGGGGUAGCUUGUUAUGCUUUUCUGCUCUGCCUGGUAGAACAAGUGAGGAGGGAUCACUUUCUGUGGCUUGUCUCUCCAUCAGCAGGCAGUGCGAGGGCAGGGGUUUCUCCCAGGAAAAAGCAGGAAAUAACAAAGGGGGCAUGGCUGAAAGUGUUCUGCCAAGCACAGAAGCAAUACCUGAAGUGCUGAAGAUGUAGUCAAACAGUCUUUAAAAUGUCUAUUUUGUAAUACAGGUGUUAAACGUUCCCCCAAAUCCUAGGACUUGGAAACAUCUUCAGAAUUCCUGUUGCCUUAAAGAUGCAAGCAGAUGUGGUGUCUGUUCUGAGAGCCCCUUGUGAGCCCCUCCUGUCCCUGGCUGCCAGCCCUGCUCCUGCUCCUGCCCCAGGCUCUGCUGUGGAUCCUGCACAGCCCCAGGACAGCCUCAGCACAAGGCCUGGUGGACAUUCCAAAGGGUUUCCACUGCCC